AAACAUGCCAAAAGGCCCGGACGGGGUGAGCAAGAUCACGUUUGGUGGGGAGGGCAGUAUCGACGAAUUCAGAAAGUUUUUUUCUGACGACAACACUCCUUCCGGAAGCAAUAGUACUAUCGACAAGGGGUCGGGCACGACGCACCGCGAGUGUAGGGUUGAAUGUAGCGCAAGCGUCAAUAUUACGGAAAUGAGCAUCGAUCCAAACGAUCCUUCCAGAGCACUAAUCAAGGUCUUACGCUUUACAUUUACGAUCAGUAAAUCACAACAGCCCUUCUAUGUAAUGUUUUUUGCGAAACAACUCUUGGUGGUGCCUUCGUAAAGACGAGUUUUGUCUCUUGUCAACAAAUAACAAGUGAAGACAGGCUUCGGGUCAAUUAUAGAUAGAGGAUGCAAACAAACGACCUUCAACAAUCAGGUGUCUGUGGAGUACAGGAAAGGUAUGAAGCGUAGCGACCUGCCGUACAUGAUGGUGGAAAUGAUGGCACUUCAGAUGGACAAGCAGCAGGGAAGAUACAUCCAGAAACAGGCUGACCUGAAUGACACCAAGGAAGCGAUAUAUGGUACUUCGUUCUACAGACAUCAAAUAUUCUUUCUCUAUUGGAUUAACAUUCUCAUCUUGCAGCAGGAAGAAGAUCAUGAUUAAGGAUCCCUGAGUCAGAUUCGGACCAAGUUCAAUUGUUUUACCUCAUCGGUAGCAGCUUCGUGAGAUGCAUUGCGUGAGAUACAAACAAGCAAACCAGGAGAAUUAUCCCUUCGAUGAUUUUUCUAUACUUUGAUUCAGAGGACUUGAUCAAACAAUAUGUCCACAACCUAUACAGGACCCAAUGGCCUCCUAG